UUUGCUGUCACGACUGUCUGCUCCAACUCCAAUCCAGAGGUAAACAUGGCGUUGAAGGUGCUGAAGGGAAUGGUCAGCGGAGCUGUUAACGAGCUCUCAUCAGCCGUUACCGGCAACAAGACGGCUGCCUCCCGGGAGCAAGUCCUGGCCGUUAAACGCGACUACAUCUCCCAGCCGCGCCUGACCUAUAAGACAGUGUCUGGAGUCAACGGGCCUCUCGUGAUUCUGGACCAGGUGAAGUUCCCCAGGUAUGCAGAGAUCGUCCACCUGACCCUGCCAGAUGGAACCAAGAGGAGUGGCCAGGUGUUGGAGGUUACAGGGUCUAAAGCCGUGGUGCAGGUGUUUGAGGGGACAUCAGGUAUUGAUGCCAAGAAGACCAGCUGUGAGUUUACAGGAGACAUCCUACGCACACCUGUCUCUGAAGAUAUGCUGGGUCGCGUGUUUAAUGGAUCAGGCAAGCCCAUCGACAAAGGCCCCACAGUGAUGGCAGAAGACUACCUGGACAUCAUGGGCCAGCCUAUCAACCCUCAGUGUCGUAUCUACCCGGAGGAGAUGAUCCAGACUGGGAUCUCUGCUAUAGACGGCAUGAACAGCAUCGCUAGAGGGCAGAAAAUACCCAUCUUCUCUGCUGCAGGACUGCCACAUAACGAGAUAGCGGCUCAGAUCUGUCGUCAGGCAGGCCUGGUGAGGAAGUCUAAAGAUGUGAUGGACUACAGUGAUGACAACUUCGCUAUCGUCUUCGCCGCAAUGGGGGUCAACAUGGAGACAGCUCGGUUCUUCAAGUCAGACUUUGAGGAGAAUGGUUCCAUGGACAACGUCUGUCUGUUCCUCAACCUGGCCAACGACCCCACUAUAGAGCGUAUCAUCACACCCCGCCUAGCUCUGACAUCAGCAGAGUAUCUGGCCUACCAGUGUGAGAAGCACGUCCUGGUCAUCCUGACUGACAUGAGCUCCUACGCAGAGGCGCUACGAGAGGUCUCAGCGGCCAGAGAGGAGGUCCCAGGUCGUCGUGGUUUCCCAGGCUACAUGUACACUGACCUUGCCACCAUCUACGAGAGAGCUGGUCGGGUGGAGGGACGCAACGGCUCUAUCACCCAGAUCCCUAUACUAACUAUGCCCAACGAUGACAUCACUCACCCCAUCCCUGAUCUGACAGGGUACAUCACUGAGGGACAGAUCUACGUGGACAGACAACUGCACAACAGACAGAUCUAUCCUCCCAUCAAUGUUCUGCCAUCACUGUCUCGUCUGAUGAAGUCAGCCAUCGGAGAGGGGAUGACACGCAAAGAUCACUCUGAUGUCUCCAACCAGCUGUAUGCGUGUUAUGCUAUAGGUAAGGACGUGCAGGCGAUGAAGGCUGUGGUAGGAGAGGAGGCUCUGACGCCUGAUGAUCUUCUCUACCUGGAGUUCCUACAGAAAUUUGAGAAGAACUUCAUCGCCCAGGGAGCCUAUGAGAACAGGACUGUGUUUGAGACACUGGAUAUCGGCUGGCAGCUGAUGAGAAUCUUCCCCAAAGAGAUGCUGAAGAGAAUCCCUCAGAGCACGCUGGCAGAGUUCUACCCCCGCUUGAAGUAAUGAUGACAAACAUAGGGAUGCAUAGUGACACACACAACUCCAACCCUUCCCUCUUGCUCGGCCUCUUUGUAAAUGGUGUUGCUGUUGUAACAUUGCCAGUAGCUUCUGUACUGUACGCAUUAUCAUAGGCUAGUACUGAUACUGUCACACACAGAGGCAACCCCUUACCAGAACAGAUAGACCCGUAGAAGUAGAAGAUACAGAUGAUGGAGACAGUGGUUUCCAAGCCAGAGAGGUUCUCUCUGACCAGCAGAGCCAAAUAGCCUGGUAAUAUGGUCUGGGAUUUUCCCUGGUCAGAUCACAUGAUCAGGAAAAUCUCCUGGCCUCGGCUGUUAGAUAAUAUUGGAUGGAUAGAUGGACGGAAAGGGAGCUGGAUGAAUAGUGAAUGGUCUGUUAUAAGUCAGAGGGAUGGGGUAUUUUUAACAGGAUGUGUAGGUGUACUUUAGGUGUACUGUAGGUGUACUUUAGGUGUACUGUAGGUGUACUGUAGGUGUACUUUAGGUGUACUGUAGGUGUACUUUAGGUGUACUGUAGGUGUACUUUAGGUGUACUGUAGGUGUACUUUAGGUGUACUGUAGGUGUACUUUAGGUGUACUGUAGGUGUACUUUAGGUGUACUGUAGGUGUACUUUAGGUGUACUGUAGGUGUACUGUAGGUGUAGACUAGUGAAUAUGCAGUGAUGAUGCAUGUGUAUGGAAGAUGGGCUCAAGGCUAACAGCCUAUUUCACUCACAUAUGAUUGUUUACGUUUCUAAUGGCCUUUUGUUACGACCAUAUAAGUUGCCUGUGUGUUGCUCCUAGUAUCAUUUGCAUAGAUCAGUGCCGUUUCUGCGCCGAGUUAACCCAAAAGCUCCCUGAAUUCAUUGAACUAAAGCCAGAGAUACAACACACAAACUGCCUGCUGUUAUUAUCACCUGUUCACUGAGUGCACGAACGUUAGGAACGUCUUCCUAAUAUUGAGUUUGCAACCCCUUUUGCUGUCAGAACAGCCUCAGUUCGUCAGGACGUGGACGACAAGGUGUGGAAAGCGUUCCACAGGGACGCUGGCCCAUGUUGACUCCAAUGCUUUCCACAGUUGUGUCAAGUUGUCCGGAUGUCCUUUGGGUGGUGGACCAUUCUUGACACACACCAGAAACUGUUGAGCAUGAAAAACCCAGCAGCGUUGCAGUUCUUUAAACACUCAGACCGGUGCUCCUGGCACUUACUACCGUACCCCGUUCAAAGGCACUUAAAUCUUGUGUCUUGCCCAUUCACCCUCUGGAUGUCAAUUGUCUCAAGACUUAAAAAUCAUCCUUUUUUAACCUGAAUCUUCCCCUAAAUCAACAAUUAUUGAAGUGAAUUUAACAAGUGUCAUCAAUAAGGGAUCAUAGCUUUCACCCGGAUUCACCUGGUCAGUCUGUGUCAUGGGAAGAAGCAGGUGUUCCUAAUGUUUUGUACGCUCAGUGUAUAUGUGUCGUCUAUAUAUUUCUCUCUCUAUUUCUCUAUUGUAGCUGCUCCGUCGACACGCUGUGGUUUAGUGAUGACAAUGUUGUUAUUUAUGGUGAAGACUUCUAGAGUAGACAGAUGCACUGUACUUAUGUAUGUGUUCCUCCUAUAUCUUUUGGUAAAUGUUCUGUUUCGGGAUUUAUGGUUCGUGUUGUUUUGAUCUAAAUGCAGGCAUGACUGCUCAGCUUUCUGGGGUGUGUCUGUGCAAUAAAGGAAUACACGCUG